GUAAUACAGUCACCAUAAAGGUCCUCGUCCUUCCUCCAUUUCCCAGAAUUGGACUGGUUCAGAAAAAUCACACCAACAAUAAAGAGACUAUCACCAUGGCGAUAUUGACUAUCAUUCUGCUUGUCAGCACGGCUUUUGCUCUGGGAGAUACUAUGAUACGACCCAAGACCCCAUGUGAGGUUGCUAGAGAUGCCGUGCCACAUGGCCUAGUUGGAGCCUACAUCCCCACGUGUGACGCUGCUGGACAAUACACCCCUGAGCAAUGUUGGGGCUCUACAGGUUACUGUUGGUGUGUGAAUAGUUCUGGACAGAAGAUCCCAGGUACUGAGACUCCACCAGGCACUGCUAGAAUCAUCUGUUCCACCCAGAAUGGUGCGAUACGACCCAAGACCCCAUGUGAGGAUGCUAGAGAUGCCGUGCCACAUGGCCCAAUUGGAGCCUACAUCCCCACGUGUGACGCCGCUGGACAAUACACCCCUAAGCAAUGUUGGGGCUCUACAGGUUACUGUUGGUGUGUGAACAGUUCUGGACAGAAGAUCCCGGGUACUGAGUCUCCACCAGGCACUGCUAGAAUAAUCUGUUCCACCCAGAAUGGUAUGAUACGACCCAAGACCCCUGUGAGAUUGCUAGAGAUACUGCGAUGAAAAACGU